AUGUUCUCCCCAAGCAGGAGGACGACCAGUUCUUCUCGCGCGCAAGUCCUGCUAACAUGGAAGAUGGACAAGGCUCAGAGUGGACCCCGAAAUGCUGAGAAGGAAAUCCUCGCCUUGAGACUCCUGCGUGACACUGAGACCUGUCGGCAGAAUUUCAGGAACUUCCCGUACCCAGACCUGGCCGGUCCUCGGAAAGCCUUGAACCAACUCCGAGAGCUCUGCCUUAAGUGGCUGAGACCCGAGAUCCACUCAAAGGAGCAAAUCCUGGAGCUGCUGGUUCUGGAGCAGUUCCUGAGCAUCCUGCCUGGGGAGGUUCGGACGUGGGUGAAGUCCCAGUACCCGAGGAACAGUGAGGAGGUAGUGACGCUGGUGGAGGACUUGACUCAGAUUCUGAAAGAAGAAGCUGCUCCUCAGAACUUCACCCUUUCCCAAGAGACCCCAGAGGACGACCCCAAAGGAAGACAAGCUUUCCAGGCAGGGUGGUUCAAUGACUUGGUUACCAAAGAAUCUAUGACAUUCAAAGAUGUGGCAGUGGACAUCACCCAGGAGGACUGGGAGCUCAUGCGUCCUGUGCAGAAGGAAUUGUACAAGACCGUGACCCUGCAGAACUACUGGAACAUGGUUUCUCUCGGACUUACAGUGUAUAGACCAACUGUGAUCCCCAUGUUGGAAGAACCAUGGAUGGUGCUAAAAGAAAUUCUAGAAGGCCCAAGUCCAGAAUGGGAAACCAAAGCCCAAGAGUAUACUCUGGUGGAAAAUGUUUCUAAACUCAAAAAGGAUGGAAUCAAGCUCAUCAAACUGGAAGAACCCUCUGACUAUGAUGACAGAAUGGAGGGACAAGCGGCAGAGACCUUCAGGAGAAUUCCCACCAAAAGGAGACAUUUCAGUGUGAAGAAGUCAGUCCUUUCACAAGAAGAUGGUCCUGUAGAAGACUAUAAAUAUGAUAUAUAUAGAAGCGAUUUUGAAAAGCAUUCAAACCUAAUUAUGCAGUUUGGUACCCAGUCAGACAAUAAAACGUUCAUGUACGAUGAAGACAAGCCCUUCAGCCCCGGCGUCGUACACAGGAAAAUAUACCCCGGAGAGAAGCCUUAUAAGUGUAAGGUGUGUGGGAAGAAGUUCAGGAAGUACCCAUCCCUCAUUGCACACCAAAACAGCCAUGCCAAAGAGAAGUCUUACGAAUGUGAAGAGUGCGGCAAAGAGUUCAGACACGUCUCAUCCCUCAUCGCACAUCAGAGGAUGCACACAGGGGAGAAACCCUACGAAUGCCACCAGUGCGGGAAAGCCUUCAGCCAACGUGCCCACCUCACCAUCCACCAGCGGAUCCACACGGGAGAGAAACCCUACAAGUGUGAUGACUGUGGGAAAGACUUCAGCCAGCGUGCCCACCUCACCAUCCACCAGAGAACACACACGGGAGAGAAACCCUACAAGUGCUUGGAAUGUGGUAAAACCUUCAGCCACAGCUCAUCACUCAUUAAUCACCAGAGAGUUCAUACAGGAGAAAAACCUUACAUAUGCAACGAAUGUGGGAAGACCUUCAGCCAGAGCACACACCUCCUCCAACAUCAGAAGAUACAUACAGGAAAGAAACCAUAUAAAUGCAAUGAGUGCUGGAAAGUAUUCAGUCAGAGCACUUACCUUAUUCGACAUCAGAGAAUUCACUCUGGAGAGAAGUGUUACAAAUGCAACGAAUGUGGAAAAGCCUUCGCUCACUCCUCCACACUUAUUCAGCACCAGACCACUCACACUGGAGAGAAGUCCUAUAUAUGCAGCAUAUGUGGGAAAGCCUUCAGCCAGAGUGCAAACCUCACCCAGCAUCACAGAACACAUACUGGGGAGAAACCCUAUAAGUGCAGUGUGUGUGGGAAAGCAUUCAGCCAGAGCGUCCACCUUACUCAGCACCAGAGGAUUCACAAUGGAGAAAAACCGUUUAAAUGCAACAUAUGUGGGAAAGCGUAUAGACAAGGUGCAAACCUUACUCAGCAUCAAAGGAUUCACACUGGAGAGAAACCCUACAAAUGCAACGAGUGUGGAAAGGCAUUCAUUUAUUCCUCAUCACUGAAUCAGCAUCAGAGAACUCAUACUGGAGAGAGACCCUAUAAAUGUAACGCAUGCAACAAAGAUUUUAGCCAGAGAACAUGCCUUAUUCAGCACCAGAGGAUUCACACAGGAGAGAAGCCCUAUGCGUGCCGCAUAUGUGGCAAAAGCUUCACCCAGAGUACGAACCUCAUCCAGCAUCAGCGCGUCCACACAGGUGCCAAAAAUCGAAACUAAUGCAUCCGGGAGACUGCGCAUAGGUUUUCAAACCUAAUCGUUCUACAUUUUAUUUUGUACUCUGCUUGUUGAAAACAUUAUUCAAAAGAAGUGCAAUAUGGGUUAGAUUUUCACUCAGCAGAAGUAUCAGAAUUAGUGAUGGGAGUAUAACCUAUUUAAAUGUACUGUGAAAUUUCAGAUGAAAACAUUCACUUCAUAAUAACCUUUAUUUGAUACCGGUUUAGUUCAUUCCAGAAAGAAACCCUAGGAAAGGAAGAGUGCCAGAAACCUGUUCGCCACUAACUCAGAACGAGUUUCAAGUACUUCUUCAUGAGGCCUUAAGAAUGUACUGUAACAGGAAGGCUUCCAUCCAGUAGAGCUUCCACACCAGAGGGUAAUCCCAGGGUGACAGAACAGAAGAGCUGCCCUCCGGCCUUUAGUUCUUCCCAGCUUUGAAGCCUUAAAUACGUAAAGGGCCCCCUUCCCUUUUCCUGUUAUGCCAUAACUGCUACGUGAAGCCAGUAGGUUUGCCAAAAAAGAAAAUGGUUGAAAGUAUGUUAAGGAAGGACUUCUGUGUGACCACUCUUUAUGUUUUCCUCUGAAUACUGAGAUGUUAAAGGAAGAGCAGCCUAGUGAAAGAUGAUCUCUUAGGAGAAGCUAAUGUGUCUAACCCUUAGACAUGUGCACAAAUUUUCUUGAACAGGCAAAAAUUAAACAAUUUAAAAUU